UUGUAGAUACCACGAAUGCCGUGGAGAUUAAUCCCGCCCCAGUUUGACCAUGUUUAUGCUCUUACUCCCGAACCAUCAUCGUCACCGUCGAAGAGACGCCGAAGUUCUGGUCGUAAGCGUUCGGUGAAAAGCGAAAGUGAACCUGAAGUGGAUCCGAAUGUUAUGGCACAAGACGACGGUACGGAGAGAAAGUUUAGUGAGUCUGGAAAUGAUGUUGUUUUUGAAACAGUGGAUAUUGGAGAAGAAACAGAGAAACACGACAAUGGCUUUCGGGAAGAUGAUGAAGUAGAUUCACUUGAAGAGCAAGAAACUACCGAACAGGUGGACAUCGUACCUAUCGAAGAGCAAAGUGAUAAAGGACAGUGGUAUCGCAAAAAAUCCGACACAAGUGAAAACCAACGUCCGYCUAAAACCUCAAUGUCAAAACCACAGAAAUCUCCAAUCACAGCAAAAGAAAUUCCUCUGUCAAAACCUCAGGUUCAGACGACACCUYCAAGAUGUCCAUGGGGUGGAAUGACUGCUACGAGCCCGCCAUCAAGUGGAUUAAGAGAAAUCAUGCAGCAGCAAUUACGCACAAGUCCAAACACAAAAACAUUAAAAAGCUCCACGGUAUCAAGAAGCGAUGGCAAAGGAAAACAGUCUCAGAAACAGAGAAAGAAGACACUUUUGGCGCAAGAGAAAGAAAAUGCUCUUGGAUCGCCAGARAAAGACGAGACGCCGAUUAAAAAUACAAAUCCGCCAAUAAAUCCAUGGGCGCUACCCGACAAAAAACCGACUCCAGUUCGAUCGUUACGAGAGUUAAUCGAUCUAGAAGAGAAAUCCCAGAGAGCCCUUUCAARCUCAUCCGUUAACGUAUCGCCGAGCAAAGUAAACGCAAAAACUAGCGAAAGAACCAAACCGACAAGCAAACCAACGAAGAUGAGCUGGGGAUUACGUCAUUUAGAGCAGACCGAGGUUGAAGAUGACGUCGAGCCUCCAACGUCACCAAGAAAUGCUUGGCAAACUGUUGGAACCAGUUCUCCUYCUAAUUCGGUCUCGUUUGCCGACAUUCUCAAUUUACAAGAACGCGAAAAUACAAACUUGAAAAGGAAAAAACCGCUGAACCUUAUUCAGCUUGAAGACCGUGCMAUUCAAGAAUUACUCGACCAUUAYGGUGGCCGAGAUAACGCCUGUGAAAUGAUUACCGUUGAGAGAGUACCGACAGCCUCUGCGGCUCCAGUAUGGAACAGAAAAAGGACCGAGACUCCGAUACAAACACACGGUCGAUUUUAGUCGAGGAAAAUCUGGUCCCUGGUUUUCAUUGCAUUGAAGCGCCUCGUUGUAUCUGACGUGUGAUGUAGACAUUAAACGACCACUUCGUUAUUUCGGUGUCCUUAUAUACCGACCGCAUUUAAGAAUAGUGGUCGCUAUCAAGAGGUGCGAGACGCCAGAAAUCGGACAAAGUGGCGUGUGGCGACUGCGGUCUGAAAAGAAACGUCUUCAUUUUCCCAAAACAAAACAAAAGUAUUAAUAUAAAAAUUUAUAUAAAAAUAUUUCGGGGGAACAGACAGAAAUCAUAAAUUUUCUAUGCGAAAAAAAAUAUUGUUAUAUAUUUAUAGUUCCUUCUAAUUUUAAUUAAAAUAUUCUAUAAACCUCA